CUUUUGUCAUUUAGCCUUUCCCAAAAUGAUUGACUUGAGUGACUCUUCUUGGUUUUUAUUAGCGGUGUUCAUUGUGGUAGUUUGGUGGCUAAUACGAACUUACAUACCUUCCUAUGCCUCAGCUCUUGACUUUUUGGGGUUAUCUUUAGUGGUCUCUCUUAUUUUGCUCAAUACUUUUAUUUUUCUACAUAGACUUGAAAAUGCUCUCAGUUUGAGCCAAUUUUUGAAGUUUUUUGCAGCAGGUGGUUUAUGUGCUUGUAUUACUCAUGCAGCCUUUGUUCCAUUAGACGUGAUAAAAACUCGCCUUCAGACCAAUCCUGACAAGUAUAGUCGUAUAUGGCCCACUUUGAAACAUAUUUACAAGGAGGAAGGUUGCUUGAUGUUGUUUCAAGGUUUCAGUGCUACUGCUAUUGGAUAUUUUCUACACGGUGCUUUCAAGUUUUCCUUUUUUGAAGUUUUCAAGGCCUUAGUGACAGGAACGAACAAGGUUCAAACGCCCUUUGUAUCCUUUUUGGUGGCUUCUGUAGCUUCCAUUCUUGCUGAAACUGUUGCUUCCUUCUCUUUGUGUCCUAUGGAAGCUGUAAGAAUACGACUUGUUUCGGAGCCUUCGUUUGCUCGUGGUUUUGUGGAUGGUCUUCCCAAAAUGUGGAAAGGUGAAGGAUAUCGUGGGUUAUACAAGGGUUUACCUUAUGUAUUAUUGAAACAAAUACCAUACACGUAUGGCCAAUUUGUAAGUUAUGAGGUUUGUAUGAAACUUUUGAGUGGUACAAGUAUUUCCUCUUCUGCUUCGAAGACUGUGGAUUUGAGGCUCUCCGUUCUAUGUGGUCUUUUUUCGGGUAUUGUAGCUGCUGUAAUAUCACAACCAGGUGAUACUUUGCUUUCUUUGGUGAAUCGAGAAGGUUCAGAUAUGCCAGUAUCUAUUCACACUUUCCAUAUCCUAGUCAAACGUCAUGGACCUCAUAAGUUGUUUAUAGGACUUGGUGCAAGAAUGUUACUCGUUGCAUGUAUGUUGGCAGGCCAAUUCUUCAUUUACGAUAGUUUGAAGGCUCUUGUGGGUGCAAGUUCUUCGCUGUCAUCGCCUCCAUCAACAGAUGAAAAUAUCAUCACGCAAAUAUCAGUACAUCAUUAAUAUCGUUAUGUAUACAAUAUAGGGAUGGAAAAUAUC